UGAGACUAUAAAAACUCAGAGAGAAAACUCACCAUCAGAGCUGAGUUUGGGAGAAACUGCACAGACAGGACUCUAAAGUUAGACUCUCCUGAUUUUUCACAAGAUGCUGGACUGGAGAUUAGCAAGCGCACAUUUUAUCCUGGCUAUGACACUGAUGCUCUGGAGCUCAGGAAAAGUGCUCCCAGUGGGUGUCACAACAGAGGCCUUUGAUUCUGGAAUCUUAGGUGUUCAGUCAUCACCCACAGUCAGAGAAGAGAAGUCGGCCACUGACCUGGCAGCAAAACUCUUACUUCUUGAUGAACUUGUAUCUCUGGAGAAUGACGUGAUUGAAACAAAGAAGAAAAGAAGCUUCUCUGGGUUUGGUUCUCCCCUGGACAGACUCUCAGCUGGCUCUGUAAGUCAUAAAGGUAAACAGAGGAAAGUAGUAGAUCAUCCAAAAAGGCGAUUUGGUAUCCCUGUGGAUCGGAUUGGAAGAAACCGGCUUUCAAAUUCCAGAGGCUAAUGGAUUCCAAUCACACAACUUCCUUGGGUGAAAUGUCACAGAAACAUGGAAGAUAUUUUGAAGUUCUUCACACUCCUUAAUGAUUAAACUUCUAAGGAAACUUCUGUCAUCCUUUCCAGAGCUUGAACUUCUGUUCAUCACAUCACAGUAUUGUUAUAACUUCAAUUAAAUUGUGCAGAUAAUUUCAAUGCAUGGAUAUUUUUAAAAUAUAUAUUUUAGUUAUUCAUGAAUGGUUACUACACGCCAAACAUUACUUUUCUAAGAAACACAAUACAUUGAAAUGCUUUCUGUGUGCCUUUACCAUUUACAUAUAUGAAAUUGAGGAAUAAUAACUAAAGAUUGACUGAUUUAUUUCAGUAGAAUUUAGGUACAGUCCAUUUGAUCAUCACUGGGGAACAAGGAAAGACGAUGCUGUGUAUUUUCUCUCGAAGACUUUUACUCCUCCCUUAUCUUUUGUCUGUGAGCCUCUUGGGUAAUGAUUAUGAAAUUAGGCUUAUUUUACAUUCAAAUGUCAAUUUGGUUCAACCAAAUAAAACACAAUCCCAGUUCCAGAUAUAAGAGAAAAACUCUCUGAGCAAGAAAAAAACAGCAGUAAUUAAGCCCAUAAAUUUUAUUCUCCCUAUAAAUUGAGAAACACUGCAGGUCAGAGCAUACUGACUUAGAAUCAGGAAUCGAAGAAUAUUAUUCAUUUGCCAAGUUUGGCUAUCUCGUGUCCCCUAACAUCUUUCCAUUUCUCUAAAUUAUAACUUAUAGUUAACUGAGAGUAGCAGUGGCUGAUUAGGAGAGCUAUUUACAGAAAUAACAUGAAAUUGUGGGGGAAGUCAAAUAGGAAACCACCAGAGCUCUUGGGGCCAGUUCAGUUCACCUAAUUGAAGCACAGUACAUUUUAGCACAUUACAAUAAGCAGUCUUCUUAAUGUUAACCACCCAUCUAUGAAUCCAUUUAAUCUGUUUCAUAUAUUGUGUUUAAUAAAGCAUUGAAGAGUAUAA